AUGACUGCCUCCUCCUCGUCCUCGCUCCGGAUCCCAGCACCAACCCACCACCCUGCCGCGGGGGCACGACCACUCUGGCUGCCAUUCCACUCGGUCUCCGUCCGCCCCCGCCGCUCCCCAGUCUCCGCCUCCCCGCAGCAGGCGUCGGGUCCGGGCAACGGCGACCGCGCCAACGGGCUCACCGGCGUGCCCGUGCCCGUGCCCUUCUCCUGCGACGCCGCCAUGGCGCUGCCUCAUAAGGCCGGCAGAGACCUCUCGGGAUUGUCUGUUCGUGUUUGGCCGCUGACCAGCGCGGAUCUGAUGGGGGAGGCCAACGGCGAGGGCCUCAAGGUCGCCUAUCAGGGGUGCCCCGGGGCCUACAACGAGGUCGCCGCCAAGAAGGCCUACCCGAGCUACGAGACCGUGCCCUGCGAGUACUUCGAGACCGCCUUCCAGGAUUUGCAGCAGAAGAGGUUCCGGUGCCAAAGACAGCGAAUCAAAUUGCCAGAACAACUUUCCAUCCCAAAUCUGGGAUCAUCAGUGCCAGAUGUGCCCAUUGCCAUUAGUACCACUGCUGCAGCUGUUUCUGUUUCGGCGAAUACCAUUAGUUCCCUAGGCCCAGUGAGGCCAAUUAUUCCUGCUGCAGCACCCACAAUAUUUGCUGCUUUUGCUGCUGUUCGAAAUGCUCCAGAGAGCACGCGUGCGGUUACGUCAACUCCUGCAAACUUAUCUACGGCCGUGAAGGAUGAUGAAAGCAUGAGCUUCCUUCCACGUAGACCGUCUCCCGCAGUUACUGAAAUUAGUCUUGGCAGGGGUAUUACCCAUGGGUUAACUAGUCAGGCAUUAGCUGCUCCUAUAAGUGUAGGUCGAGUUCCAGGAAAUGGGUCCAUAACUGCAAUUCCUGCAAUAAAUGACUUGUCCAAACGAAACAUAUCAAAUACUUAUGAAAGGGUUAACAGUGGUGGUCUUUCGCAGCAGUUGGUUUCACCUCUUGGUAGUAAAAUUCAACAACAGCCAGUUCUGAAGACUAAUGAUGCAGUUAGCUCUGAUUCUAGUAACACAAGUGAAAGUGCAGUUCUUGGAGGAAGGGUAUUUUCUCCUCCUAUUGUUCCUGGGGCUCAGUGGAGGGCUCAAACUCCUGCUGGUUUGCAAAAUCAAAGUGAAACUGGUCAAUUUCAUGAAAGACCUGAGGUAACCGACCAAAGGGAGAAGUACUUGCAAAGAUUGCAACAAGUACAGCAGCAGCAGGGCAACCAUCUUAACGCUUCUCAUAUAACGAGCAUCAAUGAGAAGCAAUUUCCAACCCAGCAGCCCAAUUCCCUCUUACAGCAGUUUAAUUCUCAAAGUUCUUCUAUCUCUUCUCAAGGGGGCCUUGGGCUAGGGGUUCAUGGAGCAGGUAUCCCUUAUGCCUUCUCGUCUCAGCUACAACCUCAUGAAUCCCAAAUUCUCGAGCAAUACGCUGGGCAAACAAAAAGUGAUGAGCAACAAGGCUUGGCGGAUGAUGCUGGUGUGGAAUCUGCUGCAACAACUAGACCGAUUAAGGACACCAAUGAAGAUGACAUGAAGGCUCAUUACUUGAAAACUGAUCAUGUGUGA